CAGCGCACUAACAGAGGAGAGACGCCGACGGUCUACACGUCUUCUCUGCCUGCCCCGUUAAGAUGGAUUAUUAAUUUCAGUUAUUUCAGUUGAACUUGAAAGGCACUUCAUGAUGUGGCCGACGGGCUUAAGCAGAGCUUUCCCUCAAAAUGUGGAUUUUUUCUUGACUUGAAACUGAAACGCUCCAUCGCUCGAAAACGCAACGCAACCUCUCAAACGUUGGCUCGGUCCAGCAGCGCCGCCUAGCGGAGUGAGUGGUGUACUGCACCCCUAGAUCCUCAUCUGCUCCGCUCGCCGCUCGCCUCAGGGGUCAUGGCUGACUCUAUGUACUCGGACCUGAUCGCCAGGCACUACAACUACACAGGCAAGCUCCGCAAACAGGAGCAGGACUCGAGCCUGAAGGCGGACUCCGUCAUCUUCAUCAUCGUGUGCUGCUUCAUCAUCCUGGAGAACGUGCUGGUGCUGCUGACCAUCUGGAGAACCAAGAAGUUCCACAAGCCCAUGUACUACUUCAUCGGCAACCUGGCCCUGUCGGACCUGCUGGCCGGGGUGGUGUACACGGCCAACAUCCUGCUGUCGGGGGCCAACACCUACCGGCUGUCACCCACGCAGUGGUUCUUCCGCGAGGGCAGCAUGUUCGUGGCCCUCGCGGCGUCCGUCUUUAGCCUCCUGGCCAUCGCCAUCGAGCGGCACCUGACCAUGCUGAAGAUGAAGCUGCACAACAACGGCAACGCGUGGCGCGUCUUCCUGCUCAUCAGCACGGUGUGGAUGAUCGCGGCCGUGCUGGGCGGCCUGCCCGUCAUGGGCUGGAACUGCAUCGGCAGCAUGCGCCGCUGCUCCACGGUCCUGCCGCUCUACCACAAGGCCUACAUCCUGUUCUGCACCACCGUCUUCAGCAUCAUCCUCAUGGCCAUCGUGGUGCUGUACGCGCGCAUCUACGCCCUGGUACGUACGCGCAGCCGCAAGCUGGUCUUCCGCAAGGUGUCCAACGGCCGCGGCGGUAGCACUGGCGGCGGCAAGAGCUCGGAGAAGUCGCUGGCGCUGCUGAAGACCGUCAUCAUCGUGCUGAGCUGUUUCAUCGCCUGCUGGGCGCCGCUCUUCAUCCUGCUGCUACUGGACGUGGCGUGCGAGACGGGCGCCUGCCCGAUCCUCUACAAGGCCGAGUGGUUCCUGGCGCUCGCCGUGCUCAACUCGGCCAUGAACCCGCUGAUCUACACGCUGACCAGCAACGAGAUGCGCCGCGCCUUCCUGCGCAUGCUGCUCUGCAGCGCCUGCUCCAGCCUGCAGGGCGGCGGCGUCGGAGGCAAGUUCCCCCGGCCCAUCAUCGGCGCCGAGUUCAGCCGCAGCAAGUCGGACAACUCAUCCCACCCCAACAAGGAGGAGCCGGAGUAUUCACCCCGCGAGACCAUCGUCUCCUCGGGCAACAUCACUUCCUCCUCGUAGAGCACACACACACCACCCCCGCCCCAGCCUAUGUGUGUGUGUGUGUGUGUGUGUGUGUCCACAUCCUCCUCUGCCCUCCACUAGUGAAUGUACCUGUGUGUUUCUAAGACUGUACUUAUGUGAAGGAUGUAUAUAAUUCUCAGAGUGAGUAAGCAUGAGUGUGUGUGUGUGUGUGUGUGUGUGUGUGUGUGUGUGUGUGUGUGUGACAGCGAGAGUGAGAGAGUAUGUGUGCGUUUAUCUGUAAAUGUGUUUUAUAGUGUAUAAAGACAAAAAAGCUCCACAGCUGGUAAAACAUACUGGACUAGAGCUGGUAUAGAGGAACCAGAGGAUGGCCCUGAGACGGGCCGGUUCCGGCCCUGUACUGGCCUGGUUCCGGCCCUGUACUGGCACUCUGAUCCGGCCCAGAGCCGUUCACCGUCUGGCAGAGAGCCGGGAGGGAGGGGCUAAACUGGAACAAACGGAGAUGAGAGACCCCGCACUUCUCCUGCUCGGCCUCAUGGGAAGCUCUCCCACUGCCUGGAGGACUGCUAGCUCACCGGCCAACAACAACAACAACAACAACAAGCCACUUCUGGACCACAGGAAAGCACUUAACCAUCAGUCUAAUGCAUCAUCAGCCUGCCCACAGCAUCCUUGCAGUGGAGAGGUCAGAGGUCAGGGUUCAGAGGUCAGCCUGCCCCAGUGCGAGCCCCUGCGCCCUCAGUAAGAAAGGACCGUGUGUGUACGUGUAAAUGUCUGCGUUCCUCUCCUCUCAUUGGAGCCACUGAAUAGGAUAGGCCACUGAAAUGGACUGUUUUGUUACUGUAAGUCUGGACUGGUGAAACAAGAUGGCUGCUUUGCGUGAAGGCUGGACGUCUGGCUACACAGCAGUGACGUCUGACGCGGCUACACAGCAGUGACGUCUGACGCAGCCGCUUGGUGGUGAUGUCUGGCGCCUGAUUGGGCCUCUGCCCUCCUGCUGGCCUCCCGCAGAGCCGGUGCCCAGGCCCUGCCAUCUCAACGCUGGCACUUAACAAGCCAUUGGCACACCAGGAUUGGUGCCACUUGCCAACCGAGCUUCCCCAAGCACUGUGCACGGAGCAGAACAGAUGAAUUUCCGCCGUAGGCACGGCGAGAACUUUCGGAGAUGUAUACGGUUCUGCAGAAGAACCCGUCUGACAACCCCCACCUGCCCCUCAGCAACAGAACACUUAAGAGUAGCACAUAGACAUGAAGGGGAUGACUGUUAGCACUUGAUGUCCCUACAGAGAUAGCUGUACAGGAGUGUGUGUGUGUGUGUUUGUGUGUGUCAUUCCCGUUUGUGAAGGUCUUGCGGUCCACAUCAGCCCAGAGCUGACCUAUCAGGGACGUGUCGUGUUCCGGGGGCUCACCCCGCGGUCUGGCCAGCGCGUCCCUCUCUGGAUUUGCACAGUGUAACAUUCCUGUUGUGUGUAUUGUCGUAGCUCUUAAUAAAUAUUUGCAAUAAAAUAUGUCAGUCAAAAUGCUU